AUGCUGGGUGCCCUCACCCCGCCGGUUCAACCACAGUUUCAGCAAGAUACCACGAACAGCUUCAUGAUGUCACCGGGACAUGACUCGCAAUCUUACCACCAGGGUCUACAGCAAGGGUUUGAUAGUAUGGGGCUCGGAGACAAUGUAUUCACGCCCGCUAAGAGUAGACGUCGAACUAACGGACUGAAGACUGUUCAAAGCAUAACUCCUUAUGAGUACGGCACUGGCCAGGUGAACCCAUAUGCACAGGGACAGGUCGAUAUGUUUUACCAGCCGCCACAGAGCUCUUAUAUGCCCCUUAACUUCUUACAUUAUGCGCCGACGGCGCCGUAUCCGCAAAAGUUACUGCCCUUCCAGAAGACGGUUCACGGCUUCUUCCUGUCAGAUAACCUGCGAGAAGAAUUGCAGCGGAAAGGAGAGGCGGCUCUCCAGACAAUGCCACAUAUAUCCGGAUCAUUGCUUCCCGCUUCGAUCAACGAAUAUCACUCGCUGGUACCUCUCGACAUGUCGAACCAGAAGAGCACUCAGGUUUUUGGCUAUCCAUCCUGGGUCUACAAGGCUUUCUCGACAGAUGAGGGUAACAUCUAUGCUCUACGGAGGAUCGAAGGAUUCCGUUUGGUCAACGAGAACGACAUCCGAGUGAUCCAACGGUGGAAGAAGCUCACCUGUGCCAAUGUCGUAACAAUCCACAAUGCCUGGACCACCACCAAGUUCGGCGACAGCUCUAUCGUCUUUGUGUACGACUACCAUCCAUUGUCCAAAACUCUGGCCGAAGCACAUUUCGGAUCUGCGUCCAUGUUUAGCGGAUCUAGACACGUGCCAGAAAACGUUAUAUGGAGUUACAUCGUUCAAAUUGCGUCAGCAUUGAAGACGAUUCACACCACUGGACUAGCUGCCCGUGCGAUCGAGCCGUCCAAGGUGCUGCUUACGAGCAAAAUGAGGAUCCGUCUGAACUGCUGCGGCGUGCUCGACGUUGUGCAACCCGACACCUCGCGCACGCUGCAAGAGCACCAAGCGGAGGACUUUGUCAAGCUGGGCCGUAUGAUGCUGUCCAUCGCAUGCAACAGCCCGAUCGCCGCGCAGAACCCACAAAAGAGCAUGGAAUAUAUGGCGAAGCAGUACUCAGGGCACCUCAAGGACCAGAUCCUCGCGCUGGUGAACGGCCAAGUCAAGAACAUCAACGAGCUAGCCCGCAACAUCGCCGAGCACGCACUGAUGAACCUCAACAGCUCGCUGCACUACGAGGACACGCUCGAGUCCGAGCUCAUGCGCGAGCUGGAGAACGCCCGCCUCGUGCGCCUCAUGGCGAAAUUCGGCUUCAUCAAUGAGCGCCCCGAGUUCGAUCAUGACCCCAGAUGGAGCGAGACGGGCGAUCGUUACUAUAUCAAGCUGUUUAGAGACUAUGUCUUCCACUCUGUCGACGAGAAUGGGAAUCCCGUCGUCGAUAUCGGGCACGUCCUUACGUGUCUGAAUAAGCUCGACGCAGGCAUAGACGAGAAGGUCAUGCUCGUCUCGAGAGAUAGCCUUAAUUGCUUCGUGCUGUCGUAUAAGGAUCUCAAGAGAAACAUCGAGAGUACCUUCCAGGAACUGGCGAAGCCUCACGGAAGACGGUGA